UCUCUGCUCUUGCUGCUGGCUCGUUUUUUGCUCUCUAUCUCUUUGUGUGUGUAUAUAUAUAUGUACUUGUAACAACAUAAAUAUACUCGCGCGCGUUCUCUCGUCGUUUGUAAUUGUAAUACUUACUUCUCUCUCUCCACGUCGGCUGUGUUUGUUUCUUAUUCGCGCGCCCACGAAAAUACUUAGUACCUAUACUUGGGCAACAGGAGACAUGUGUGUUUAAUUUUUUUUUUUUUUUGUACAUACGUAAUAAAUAAUGAUGAUAAUGGCCAGUAUAGCUUACACAAUAUUUAUUAUAUUCACCUAGUGCGUAUGUAUACACAUCGAAGGGUGUAUUUGUGUAUACGGUAUAACCAGUGCGCGACUGAUAAGCGCGAGUGUACGUUUAUGAUAAAUUGAGUGGUGAACGAGUGUGUAAGUACACAUCAGGAGAGCAUUGGAAUCGUCAUCGUCAGCUCUUAUCUCGUCUCGACAGAUCAGCUCCACACACACAUAUACACACAUGUAUACAGUAAUAAAAUCUAAGCCCCGCAGCAGCCGCCGUGUGCAACAGUAGCAGCAUCAUCAGAUCAGGAGAGAGAGAGAGAGAGAGAGAGCCAUCAGAGCAGCUGCAACGCGUACAAAUGUAUUUAUGUGCCGUUGUGUACAUACACAUGCAGUAUCCACUGCAUCGUAUAUAACCUAGAAAAGGGCCGCCUACGCUUGAUGGUUUAUUCUUCUUCUACUCCUCCUUCUCUGCUGUCUUCGCCAUCACCUCCUCGUUGACGUACUCUGUUACAAUGAACAGACAACUGUAGGGGGCACAUGGACGAUUUUUGACACCAGCCAACGGUAUAUAAAAACACCGCACCAGCAGCCUAUAGAUGUGUGUGCUUAUUAUUGCUGCGACGACAAUAACAACAACUGGCCGAGGAAGUGAGCGGAGGCCGCCAGUGUACGGACUACCUGCCCUAUUUACAACGACAGCUGCUGUUACGUUUGUAUCAUAUGCCAGAUAACUCGACCAACAAUAGCAAUCGGACGAGAUAACGCAAAACGGAGCACGGCGGCGACGAGGGAGGAAAGAGAGGGGCCCAGUACAGGAGGAUAUUAUAUAGAGGAGCCGCAGAAGCAGAGAGAGAGAGAGAGAGUGUGUGUCUGUGUGUACCCGUUUGUCCUUAAUGAGUCGCGUUUCGGUCGUUGUCGUUGUCCCGUGUGCUAAUAAAGGACACGCCAAGUCAAAAUUAUGUUCGACACGGGGGCCAAGUUUCGUGACAUCUGCCGGCUCUGCUUGAACACGGUCGGCUACAAGUUCUCCAUCUUCGAGGACGAGGGCCACGAGCGCGGUAUCGCCAACAAAAUCGACUCUCUGCUCACCCUUGCGGUGAAGGAUGGGGACCCGCUGCCGGCGGUCAUAUGCCACCGUUGCGUCCGAAGGCUCGACGAGAUGCACUCGUUCAGGGAGACGGCCAAAAAGGCGGAAACCGUGCUCAACAAGUACCUCGAGAUCGCCAAGCGCUUCCCUAGCCAGAAUGACAUGGAGAAGAAGAUCGCCGAGUCGGGCGAGCUGAGGGCCGAGCUGGCCCAGGUGCACGACUACGUGACCCACAACCAGGAGAUCUACAACGACGAGACGAGCUCGCCGUCCAACAUAAGUCCCUCGAUAAAGACCAGUCCGACGUAUCACCUGGAGAACGCCCCGAACGUCCUGAACGACAUGCAGGACGACGAGGAGGAGGUGUCCUCCCUGGACUCGGACCCGGGUAGGCUCGAGAUCGAGAUGGGCGAGGAGCCCGAGAGGCCCAACAGCCGCGAGCACCACCCCAACGGCCACGACAUGAGCAUCAAGAGGCCGACUGUCGUUAUCAAGGAGGAGAGGGUCAGUCCCGAGAGAUUGCCGCCACCUACCACCUCGACGACGAUCAAGAUGAUGGGGCCCCAGGACAACAGCAACGCCGUCAGUCCCCUCAGUCGCAUGGACACGCCCGAGAGCAACUGCUCCGACGCGCCGGUCGACCAACAGGAGAACACAAAGCUGUGGCAGGCGCUCGCCCACAGCCAUCGAGAAUUGGAGAUCAGACGUGCCAACGGUGAGAUGCUGUCGGCGCCGAUGGCUCACUUGAGCAACGGCAUCGAUGCCACCUCGUCGCCUGCCCUGCGCAGUUACCUCAACAACUACAGUACCCACCAGAUGAGCACCCUGGAGGCGGCCAACGCUCUGGUCCACGUGGCGAACGGGGCACCGGCACCACGACACACGAACCAGGCCCUUCCCAACAGGCCGAGGGUCAUGUCGUGGGCCAACGAGACCGGCAUGGGCAUCAUCGGCUGUAGGCUUAUGCAAAACUCGGACAACAGCAACCCGUCGAGUCCGGCGAGCGUCGGUGGUACGCCAGCCAGUGGCAAUGGCACCAACAGCAGUAGCAAUAGCAGCCGAACUCGCAGGAAGCAGAGCUUCCCGAGCCGAGCGCCGCCGAGUCCCAACGUCCAUUACCACGUGGACGACGUCAACGUGGACCACGACGAGUUGCUCAAGGACAGGCUAGCGCCCACCUCGUACGUCUUCGGUGUCGAUCCCGCCGCUCGUCACCGACAGCAGCAACACCAUCAGCGCCGGACAACUUCCAGUCCCGUCGAUCACCACCUGGUCAAGCUCGAGCGGCCCGACCACAUGGAGCAGAUCCGUCGGAUGCAGCAGCGCGCCGACAUGCUCACGACCAACGGUGGCGUGCCCGGCCCGAGCAACUGCAAAACCAGUCCGAGCAACAACAAUAACAAUAACAACAACAACAACAACAACAACAACACCAAGCCCACCGCGAACAGCCGAGCCAGUCCCAACAGUAGCUCGAGGAUCAUGAAGGACAUGACGUGCACAAACUGCGGGACCCCGACCACGACCAUCUGGCGGAGGAACAAGCAGGGCGAGGUCGUGUGCAACGCGUGCGGGCUGUAUCAGAAGCUCCACGGGAUCAACAGGCCCAUGGGUAUGCGUCGCGACACGAUUCACACCCGCAGACGCAGACCCAGGGGUGAGAGGGCGCCCAGGAGUCGGAACCGUAAGUCGCAGAACGCCAAUCCCGAGGAGGCCGGGCAGCCGCAUUCCCAGAUGCCGCAGGCUCAAGGUGGACGGUCGUUGGUUUCGCAAGCUCCUCAGGCACAGCAGCCGGUGAUCGGGCCGAACGGCGCGGUUUUCAUGGAUGCCCUGGGCUUGCGAGCUCAGCCGAAUCUUAUGAUGGCCGCCAUGGUCAAUCGCAACCUGAUGCCGCCGAUGCCGGACAUAUCGGCCCUCCCGCUGGCUCUGAUGCUGCAGCCGCGUUUGAACGAGGAAGCCAUCGCGGCUUACAGGGCCCAGGAGAACAACAGCAGCGGCGAGGAGAACGUCCUCGAGGCGCCCCUCAACCUCGCCGCGACGCCAAGACCGGCCACGGUGCCCGAGGAACAGGCGCACUGACGGCCGCUCAACGUCAUCGGUUGGACGCGCAAGCUCAAGAAUCUCUGCUACAGGAAGAAACGAAGGAGAUUACUCCGCUAUCGAAGCAAUAGACGCUUUUUUUUAUCGCGCGUGCAGAUAUCGUAAGUUAUGAAUGACACUGCAUCCACGCGUACACGUAUAUGUGUGUGUAUCUAUUUUUACGAGACCUCGAAGACUAACGGAGAAAAUCGAGCUUGGUGGAACAAUUGCAUCCCCGGGCGAGGUUUGGUCGAAACGAAUCUAUUGAUAUUAUGUCGAAAACGCAGUAUUAUAGGGAAAGCGAGGAUUUUAUAGGCGACCGAUGAGGAAUAAACAAUCAAGUUUCGAUGUUUUUGUACAUAAAUAAUGCGAAAAGAGUAUACGACAGACAGCAGAGGGAGAGUGUAAUGGCGAGAUAUUUUUUUUUUUU